UUUAAUUAAAAAACUGGUUUCAGAAAUACAAACUUUUGGAUCUUAUGAAUUAUGAUAAACAACAUUUAUAGCUUGAAACCUUGAACAAUAACAGAUAACAAAUCCACAAGUCCAUUUUAAAACAAGAAGACAAAAUAUCAAACGUUAUCCACCGGUAAACUCAUCAUAGAUUACCCUAAUACGUAUUGAGACGAAAUCAACUGAAAUUGUAUGGGCGAUCUUGUUUUUUUGCUUAUAUUUGGGAUGAACGAUCUUGUUUAAUGUUACUAAUUGUUAUCUUUAGCAAACCGAAGUGGGAACGAAACCCCAUGCUCCAAGUCCAAUUAAAUAACAUAUGUCCACAGAAAUGUUUUCAAAAUUCGAAUAAGCCACAGCAACGUGUCUUGUUCAUAUAUCCACUAUAACCCAAAGCUGCUUCAAUGGUCGGAUAUGGACACGUGUCAGUUAAUCAGACCAUCUCCAAGAAAAAAUAUCCCAAAUCUUUCUUCCCUAUUCAGUCCCCCAAUCAACAAUCCUCUUCACAUUUCUAUUUUCUCCUCCGAGGUCGUCUCUCGACCAAACCACAAAAACCAGAACAAAAAUAACUAAAAAACAAUCAGAUCUGAGAUCGAACAAAACAACAUGAACACGUUAAUCCCAUCGGAGAAAAGAUGGAUCAUCACCGGCGUUUUACUAGCCGGUUUAGUUGGCGGUGCUUUGCUUUUCACAAGCUUCAUACGAGCCGCUGACGAAACGCUCUUCCUCUGUUCCACAGCAAGCGCCAAAAGCAGAGCGGUGGCUGCGGCAGCUGAUUACGAAGCGACUCCGAUUCAGCUUCAAGCGAUCGUCCACUACGCGACAUCUAACGUUGUCCCACAACAGAAUCUUGCUGAGAUCUCGAUCUCUUUCAACAUCUUGAAAAAGCUAGCUCCGGCUAACUUUCUCGUGUUCGGUCUCGGUCGUGACUCGCUCAUGUGGGCUUCUUUAAAUCCACGUGGCAAAACCUUGUUCUUGGAAGAAGAUCUUGAAUGGUUUCAGAAAGUGACCAAAGACUCUCCUUUCUUACGUGCGCAUCACGUGCGUUACAGGACGCAGCUUCAACAAGCCGAUUCGCUUCUACGUUCGUACAAAACGGAGCCUAAGUGUUUUCCGGCGAAAUCUUAUCUCCGGGGAAACGAGAAGUGUAAGCUAGCUCUCACGGGACUGCCCGAUGAGUUCUACGAUACAGAGUGGGAUCUGCUGAUGGUCGAUGCUCCUAAAGGUUACUUCGCAGAAGCUCCGGGAAGAAUGGCGGCGAUUUUCUCGGCGGCUGUUAUGGCUAGGAACCGGAAGAAACCGGGAGUUACGCACGUGUUCUUGCACGAUGUUAAUCGGAGGGUGGAGAAGACUUUUGCCGAGGAGUUUUUAUGCCGGAAGUAUAGAGUCAACGCCGCCGGGAGGUUAUGGCAUUUUGCUAUUCCUCCGGCGGCUGCGAACGCUACGAUUGACUCUGGUGAUUAUAGGUUUUGCUAAGAUUGCGACACGAUUUAUCUUCUUAUUUCCUCUUUUGCCCUUUUAUUUUACUUUUUUGAGGAAUUUUAUUACAGCAUUGGGUUCACUUAUUAUCUGAUUUAGUGCCGACAGUUUUGGAUCUGCAUCUCGUGUUUCGUUAUUUUUAGUUACAGGCUUUCCAAAAUUUCAUGGGGCAUUAUAUUUCACAUUUUUAUCAUAUAUUACAUACUUAUGAUACAUAGUCAUUUUUAUCGUAUAAGAAUCUGAAUAAAAUUGUUUGAAGAGAACGUAAAUUUUUUUUGAACAAACAGGAGAACGUAGAGUUUUAAUUACCCAUAACUCGUUUUAAAGACUUUUUAAUGUUUACCAGUCUAAUUUCAACUCUAUUGAGAAUAGCAUGUGGUGUGAGCUGGUAAGUGGUAGUAACUCUGACUUUUCUUCUGACGUCACGGAAGGUAAUUAUAUUGCAUAUUUAAUUUCCAACGAGUAUUGGUGAGUAUUUUUGCCAUAUACUACCUUUUUAGAAAAUGAAAAGGAAAAUAGAUAUGACGACGAGAAUCUCUUGAUAAAAU